AUGCUCUCCCGAGUCACCGUUCCAACUCACCAACCCGGCAUCGAGCGCAGCUACUUCCAAGAUUUUAUACUCAACGGUAUCAAAAUCGACCGAAUCGAUCCCGGUUUCGUUGUUUGUUCCUUCAAGGUCCCUCCUCGUUUCACUGAUAGAACUAGGAAUUUGGCUCCGGGAGCUAUUGUGAAUCUGGUUGAUGAACUGGGUGGUACUGUGAUCUAUGUUGAGGGUCUUCCCAUGAAUGUCUCCGUUGACAUGUCUGUCUCUCUCCUUUCUACUGCAAAGCUCACUGAUGAGUUGGAGAUUACCUCAAGAGUUUUAGGCCAAAGAGGAGGUUGUUCCGGAACGAUUAUUCUUAUAAGAUAUAAAGCAACCGGGAAGGUUGUUGCUGAAGGUCGGCAUUCGUUGCUCAGUAAACAUACAAGCAAACUCUGA